GAGAGAGAAGAAAAUGAAAGCGAGAGAAAGUGUAGAGAGAGAGUGAGCCAGGCGAGGGAAGUAUCGGUGAAUGAAACGAGUGAUUCACACAGGAGAGGACGUUACUCCAUCAACAGAUGCAGGUUGUUACUCCCGGCAACAACACCACCAACUGCCAAAGAUGCGUCCACUAAGAGGGAGGACAGUGAGGGACGUCUGCGAGAGGUAGCCGCUGAUGGAGGAUGUCGACUAGGUAGCCAGUCAGCGUGGACGGGACAGGACGCGCCAACAUGGCGAUAACCACAACUGUAUCUCAGCGAAGGCUUGCAUACCUAUCGUGUGUCUUUCCCUAGUUGAAACACGAUCUAUACCGAAUGUGUAACAGUCCGAUUAUUUAACAGACUUUUUAAGAUACGCUGCUCAGCCUAUCAACUGUUUGCAUUGUGAGCGUAAAAACUUGUGAAGAUUUCAACAUUCAAACGUUUGGUUCUAUGGACUUAAUAGUGUUAUUCUUCGCAUGUCUGCCGGUAAUUAGCUGAACCUGAGGAUUCUCGACAGGAAGAUGUAAGAGGUGAUAUAUGUCAGUGAGACACUCAAAUCAUGGCAGUCCCUUCAUCUUUACAGAAAGGGCUCUACAUUCUAGCAGUUGUAGUAGCCGUCUGCUAUGGAAGGGAAGAGCUGGUGAAUCAUCUCAUCUUGCUGGACUCUAUACCCCCUGGAUCGGUGUCUGGUCUGGAACUAGACAUAAGAACAAACUUUAGUGGUAAUGUUCACCUAGUAGAAGCCAAAGAUUUCAGGGUGAUAGUUAAUAUCACAGCACCUUCUCUGCAGCAAGCUUAUGAUGUGGACGCUCAGAUCUUUACCCACAAUGACAAGGUUGUUUUGGAAAUUAAAGAGUUACAUUCCCAGCCCAGCACUAUCAGCUUGAUGUGGUUAUUCAUAGGAAUAGCAUGCAGCUCCUUCAUUGUUUUAUUUUGUACUGCAGUGUACGCUGGCAAAUGGUAUCGGCAAGAGCAUCAAACGUAUGAUGUUAGUGAUCGCAAAAGUUUAUCCAGCUCGGGUCUUAGGAGCAAUAUCUACAAGCCGAGCAACACCAUACCCAUGUCACACCUGGCUUUUCACACCAGGGAUGAUGGCUAUGAGAACACCAGAAACCUCAGAACAAACGAGGAGUUGAAACAAGUGCAAGAAGUGCCGGAGGAGGAUGAGGAUGAAGCUAUAGAUAAGGAGCAGCCAGGUAAAAUGAAGCUAAAUGAUGUAGAUAGCUCAAUGGAUACAGAAGACAGUGAUCCUCAAGAGAGGAACCUGAUUAAGAGCCGCUAUCACUCACAUUCUAAAAUGAUACACAAAGAUCUUAUCAAGAAAGGCGUGGCCGGCAAAAAGACAGUUUCCUACAAGAGGACAUACAAAACAGCAGUCUACAACGGGCUCCCCACAGAGCAGGAGGAAACAUCAAACGAUGAAGCAGAUCUCAAAGACCUUAAAUCUACAGAUACAGAAGCUGAGGACUCACAUACCGAGAGUCUUCAGGUGCGUCUGUCGCCUGGUGGUGAACCAACUUAUGCUAACGAUGAAAAAUUGACUAAUGUAGAUAAAUCUAGUGAGUCUGCUUAUGCCAAUGACCCAAUGAGGUUAGUUUCUGCUGACAUUCAUAAAACCAGCGGGCCUAGCCCACAGUAUAAACACAUUUCCAUUGAGAAAUCUCGAGUUGGCAACAUCUACAGCCCCCUGGAACUGAAGCCCGUUCUGUCAACCUUCACACCUAGCCUAGUCAGCACACCUAAAACUCCUGCGUCUUCAUCUGUGAAAGGUCUGCAAGAUGCAGACGGCAAUAACGCUGAUAAUGACUUUGAUAAAAUCCCUCACAAGCCAAAUGUAAGCACUCCCUGGAGCACCCAAAACUUGCCCGUCAUGGCUGACAUCUUGGAGGACCCUAGAGAGGAUCAGACCAGCGUUGUCAGUGACAGUGCCAACUCUGCCUCCAUCUAUGGCAGUAGUGAAAUAUUUAACCCUGCAAACACCAACGAUACCUAUUUCACUGUAGACUCGGACACGGAUGAGCAACCUUGUGAUGUGGAUGACAUUUUCUCCGAUGGAGAACUGCCGAGUCCAUUUCUUCUUAACAAGUUUAGCUCAGGGGUGCAAACCAACGACGAUAUAAAAUUAAUUCCCGGAGCUUUAAAAUCUCCCGGGGCGAAUGUUCACAACAGGAUACACAAAGUUCGUCCCAACAGCAGCAUCCUCUUCUCAACAGAUGUUCAGGAUCUUCUAAAUCCCAAGAAAUCAAACAAGGUUGAAGAAACAAUGUUUGAGUUCCCUCCCCCUCCACAAAGCCUUCUCGAGAUGGACAGUGACCAGAAUAAAGGGGAUUACAUUCAAAUUAAACAAACCAGUCAACCCAAUCCACAAGCCAAAAAAACAGGACAGAAUAAACUGUCAUUAAACCAGACUUACUUGAACAUGACCAUCUUGACCACUGUAUGUCUGCUGACUUUAACCACUGGAGUGUUUUGCUCUAUGGAUAAACAUGAAACCAAAGUCACAGUCACUGUUCUGAGUCCCAAAUAUUUGCUGCAAAACUAUACCAGAAUAUUCUUCAACCUCGACAGAGAGACAGAAGUGUUGAAUCAAGACAACUUCAAUUUGCUUGUGUAUGAUGUCUCAGAACCACUGUUGCAUGAUAGAAAUGAUACAGCCAACAAGUGUAUUGAUGUCAGCUGUGACCAGGGCUGUGAUGAAACAACAGGUCAAUGCAUCUGCUUCAAGGGAUACAAGCUAAACUCACAGGGAGAAUGUAUUGAUAUUAAUGAAUGCAUGGAAGGAAAGGCUAAAUGUGAUAAAGCUGCAGGCUGUUACAACAGGAAAGGAUCCUAUGACUGCAUCUGUGGGGAAGACUUUUAUGGCAAUGGGAAAAAAUGCAGAGAGUGUAAGCAAGCAUGCCCAGAGAAUCACUAUGAAGUCCAGUCUUGUAGCAAUGACAUUCAGAAGAUCUGCAAAGAUUGUACUCAGAAAUGUGUCAAAGGUUUUUACAUGGCCAAGCCUUGUUCAUCUCAUGAGAAUGCUCUCUGUCGAAUGUGCACAGCUCCAUGUUCCCCUGGUGAAUUUGAAUCUAGACAGUGCAAUAACGAUCAUGACAGAGAGUGUAAAAAUGUCUCCCUGCUGGAUGUGCCAGUUGCUUCCAGAAAUGUUCUCUUGGAAGAGAAGCAGCACAUACUAACUGAUGAGACUUUGUUGGAGAAACUAGCUGCACACUACGUUGGCUUUUCAAGAUACACUUUACAUAGAGGAACUGGCAUUGUGGUGGAGUUAACUGUCAGACUUAUUGAUCCCACUCAGCGAUUCCUUCCCAAGAAUUCAACAGAUCUAAUAAACAUUGACAAAUUAUUACCAGCCCUGACCCGCUCACGCUUUGUACGACAGCACUGUCAGAAUCCAAUCCCUGAUUAUUACAUUCUGCAAUAUAAAAAGAAUGAGAACCAAACUUACAAGCUUAAUGAAAAUGGAUCAAUAGAAGACUGUGAUGCCACAAAGUUUGGAGAAAAUAUUCUACGCAUGUCUGGGGUGAAUGGCUCCUUCGUCUGCUCGCAGCCUGGAUCAUUGAGCAACAAGUUCAAAAUUGAUCAUAAUUUCUUUCUGGCAAGAACCAAAUGGGUCGACAAAAAUAAGAGGUGUCAACGGUACAGUCAGGCUUGUGAGAGUUGCACCAGGAAUUGUGGGACCUCUAUGUUUUCAGGAGAUCCAGAUUGUGCAGUCGUGGGAGAUGACAAUGAUAAUGGACUUUCCCCUCGACUGAUGAUGUGCUACAACUGUUGUGUGAAAAAGAACUGCUCUUCAGAUUGUAAAGAGUACCAUAAAAGGAGAUGCCAGCCUGACCAGUGCUUAAAAGGAAAUCUCCUGCAAUUUACCCUUGAGCCUUCCUGGGAGAGCAGUCAAGAUGGACAUUUUCACUGCCACAUUGUUCCAAUGUCCAAGCAGCCCCUGCUAGAAAUGGACUACUCUGUCAAGUCCGAGUCUCAUAAAAAAGAGCUCAGCUCUGGCACUAUAAAGAUCUACGGAGACAACAAGUGGGAAACUACUGGAUCAAUGUCCUACAGUGAUGAUAUUUUGGAUAUCACUUUUGACUCUGGCAUUGGGCUAGUCCCUGAUAUACUGGAAGAGGAAGUGAGUCGAGACAGGAGAACUUUUAAACUUGGAAACUACAAAUCCAAUGGUGCGAAGUUUGGCUCUGCAUUCAUUAACCAGCCCUAUGUGUUCCUCAGACCAGAUACACCUCAUGGUAUGACAUCUAUGCCCCCAGCUCACCAAGAAUGUUCCCAUGGUUCCUUAAACGACAUGUUCCUAGCGUCCAACAUGGAGAACCUGUAUCUCCUCAACUCUAAGCUUGACGCAUUUAUUAACUUCUCCGUGCCCUUCAUUGUUACCCACAAGGACACUCAGCCACUAGUUAAGGCUACGUUAUCUAGAGAUAAAUCUAUUCUAAGUAAAAUCUACCAAGCUGUGGCGUUUAAUGUGUCAAGUUUCUCUGGAGACCUAGUUCACAAUGGCUCACAUUGGAUUACGACCUUAUCGGGAAAUGUCCUGAAAUGUCCAGGGUUUCUCAACAUAAGACUCCAUGGCCCCAAUUAUGAGAAUGAGAUUGAGUUCAGCUGUGACACUGUCAUUCUAUGCCCUAAAGCUUUUCACAUUCAAUUUUCUUGGCCCACUUCGGAUAAGAAGGGAAUGUCUAAAGAUAUCAUCAUUGUCAUCAAGGACAAGAAGAGUGUCCAUCAUUUCAGGAUCUUUAAAACCUCCUCAGAGUCUUUGGCUGAGGCACCCAGUGACUCAACAGAAAAACUGACUGCUGUGCAUCCAGGGAAAGAGAAGCAUGUUUCUGAAAAAAGUGUUACCUCUGGACGUCAGGAGAAGAGUAGUCUACCUUUAGACCUACCCUACCUCUUUGCAAUUUGUGGAGUUAUCAUUCUUUUAACAGUGCUGGCAAUCAUUGGACUUGUCUUUCAACCAGGUCUUCCCGAGACGCCAAUGUGUAAAUGGUAUCACCCUGUGAUGGCUACUUUCUACAUGACGUUUCAGUUCUUCUACAGUAUUGUGAUCUCUGGAAGUGUUUUCUUCAUUAUUCUGACAAUUUUAACAAGUUCCAAUGUCAGCUUCCUGCUCCAGUAUGUCCAGUCAGGUGAUAUCAAGACAGCUUCUGUCUACGUUGAACUUCUUCAGCUUCAGAACCAUCUGGAAACUGAUGUGAAAAGAUUAGACAGACAGGCAGAUGAAAUGAGAGCUGGCUGUUUGGAUGAUGUCAGAAAAAUUGUGGCAGAUUUGAAAAAACUUCACCAAACAGUCCUGGAUGGGACACAGAAUGAAUUUGAACGCCAUCACCUGACAUUACUUCUGAACCAGCAAAAAUUACAUGUCAGAGACAAGUUGAAUAAAGAUUUGAAUGAGUUUAGAGCCCAGUACGCUUCUGCUGCUAGAUCAGUUCUCCAACAAGUCAAUCAAAAUGCCCAGGCCUCCUACCAACAUAUCCUGCACAACAACAGCUGGUUAGUGGGAACAAAGUUUCUGUUUGAGGCUGUGACGCUGCUGCGUAAAACUAAUGGACAGGAACUGAAAACCUUCAUGGAAUGGACUGGGAUCAAGUCUCAGUUAUCUCAAUUAGAAAUAGAUCUGUCCUUCUCUUUGCCUGCGCUCCCUCGUCUAGAGGACAUGGUCGAUCUGUCCUAUGACCAACAGCCUAUUGUAAGGGAUGCUCAAGAAAACCUAACUCUUAGUGAGCCUAUCAGGAGUAUUGAGGUUCAUAACAACUGGUUCUUUCCCCUUGACAGCCUUCAAGCCAAACAAGCAGCUGAAAGACAGUCAUCUAAACAGAAACACAUUGACCACUCACCGGCCAUUACCUCUCUCCCCUUCUAUGUUUUUCUUGGACUGCUGGCAUUUUGUGACUUGAUAUUACUGGCCCACCGAAUGAGCAACUCAUGGACAUCCACCAAACUCUUUAUUUUUGGUUUCCCUGAAUAUGUCAGGCAGAGAAAAGUGGAGGAAGAUGACGAUGUGUUUGCAGCCGAGGAUUCAACAAAAAGUGCCCCCACUGAAAGGAGCUGCAAGAAAUUUGUCAGCUGGAAAUUUUUCAAAAUGUUUUUGACUCAAACAAUCUCGACAACUUUCUUCCCAAAGAUCACAGGUGCAAUUGCAACAUUCUUUAUUCUGUUUUGUUUGCUCAGAGUCAGCAAUAAAUAUUUGAACAUUGAAGAGCUACAGAAAAUUGGGCUUUAUCACACUUAUGAUCAUUACCUUGACAUACAUAUAGCUAUGACCAAUGCUCGACUUCAAACUCAUGCAGACUACAUCAACACUGUGGACUUGCCAGUCUUCCAAACUACAGUCAACGGUUAUGUGAUUAGACAUCAAACAGUUGUUGAAAUAUACAAAAAAUAUCUCCAUGGUAUCCAGAGCUUGAAUUCAGCCUUGUACUGUGAACAUUUGAAAGCUAUUGGCGUCUCCACCAAGUGCAAUGAUUCUAAGGACAAUCUGAAUGAUGUAAGGGGCACAACUCUUGCAACAUGCAAAUUUCAACCAGUAGUUGCUCAGCUGUACGGAAGAGAUGUUUCUGAGAAAAGUUUUCAGUCAGACAAACAGAUGGAGGCAACUUUAAACUGUUUACAAAACAUCAUUCUACAAACUAGUCAGUUGAUCCUGAUUUACCUGGCCAUUAUUAUCCUCAAGGAACUUGGAGCUGCUGUGCUGUGGAUUAUGAUUGAAAGAUCUGGUAUCAUCCGACUACGCAUUAUUGUGGAGAAAGAGCACGAUGAAUCUGUACAGCAGACUCAGCUUCCAGGGACUCCAAAUCUUUCGUAAUGUCGUCGCUGCUUGUACAUUUUUCAUCCCUUGACAAAACAUGACCAAAGAAACUAGUGUUGACUGUAAAGUACUUAUAUAUUUUAAGUACACAUAGUGCUUAGCAUUGAGACAGUUGUCAACUCUUUAUUCAGAAAAUCCCUGUGCUGUGUUAACCAUCAUUACUGAGAAACACAAAGCAACCCGACAAGUGAUAAAUGUUACUUUUUAAAAUUUAAAUCCUUUUCUCUAAUUGUAGUUAAUAAUACUACUUUUUAUUUGUUAUUAGCAUCAGAAAUUAAUGUUUUAAGUUAUAGUAGAGUAUUUUUUAUGAUGCUCUGCCCCAACACUGUUAUUGUUGGUUGUUUUUGUGACAAAGUUGUAAUGGACAUUUUUGAAGACUCAAAAAAAAAUUUGUUUUUAUAUUUUGUUCAGUCUUGACAUAAUAAAAAUAUUUAUUUAUUUAUCAAUUUUAGGCAUAAUGGACAAAAAUUGAACUGUAUCAUACAUAAUAUUUUUUUGUCUAUAUUUUAUUGAUUGCUUUUCAUGAUAAUUGAAUGCUAAGUUGUAUACCUGUACAAUAUAUUGUUGUUGUUUUUUUUGGUAUAAUAAAAGAAAUGCAGAAAAAGAAUGAUCACAUGUCAAAAAUCAGUUCUGUGUUGAAAAAAAAAAAUGUGAUUACUAACUGAAUAGCAAGUUCCUGGCAUUUCUCUUUCUUUAACUUCAUUCCAUAGAUGUCUGAUGUUCAUUGAAGCACAUUGUCUUGUCAUCAUGAUUCUAUAAUUAUUUUUGUUGUAUAUAUGUACAAAAAAAUGUUUAUUUAAAAUGAUUCUUACCAUAAUAAAAAAAAUACAGAUUAUUUGUAAUCCUUAUUAAGAAUUGAGUCUUACGGCACUACAGCAUAUCUGCAUAGAUGACCAAACUGUGAAUAGGCUGAUGCAGAGGUUGAUGUUAUUUCUUGAAGCCAACUUCCAUGGUGAUAUUUUGUUUGAAAAUCAUAAUUUUUUGUUUUAACUCCCUUGUCAUCAUUGCAAGAUGGAAUCAACAUUUUCUCUUACUUCCCCUAUCAUGCUGGGCAUCACUAGAAAAAAAAACAUUUUCUUUCAUUCUAAUAACUCUAAAUACACCAAUUUAUCAAGUCCUUAUAUUACAACAAAAGCCUUUAUUAUAAGUUAAUAAGGUAAUUUUGGGCAUAAAGAGGCCUUUUCAUAAGUCUGGACUAGGCCUAAUUCCAUUUCUACAAUAAAAUGUUUCUAAGAAAUGAUUUCCUUCAUUAGCAGUUUCUUACUAUUAUACUUAUGGGAAUUAAAAUCACUCUAAAGAUCCAUUAGGUGGUGGAUAGUUUUGUUUGUAUAAAGCUUAACUAGUGAUAUUAGUUUGUUAUUUAUUUACCUUUUAUAUUGGUCCUACAUGACAGUCAUCACUCUGUUUAUAUAUUUUGUACUUUUCUUCAUUUAUUUUUUUUUAUUUUUCAUCAAGUUUAUAUCAGAUUUUACAAUUUAUGCUUGUAUGAGUCAUGACACUAAUUUACAUAUUUUAGAUUUAUCAUAUGCUGAAAUUUAUUUAUUAUAGUUGGAAAAUCACAUUUAAAUACCAGUUUUCUUCAGCAGUGAUGAGGUUUAGAUUGAAGGCCAAAUAGUAUUUUAUUAACCCCUAAAGUUCCCUAUUCAAACCUUGCAAUCUAUCGGGCAUAUGAUGUAAAGGUCAUCUGUUUCUGUGGCCCUCGGUUUUAGAGGGUGUCUUGUGGCCAGCACAAUGACCAACCGCCUUUAAUUUUUCCCCAUUAAUGUAAAGUACCCAUUAGAGCUGGGUGGACUCUGAGGUGUCCUAAACAUCCUGAAAUAAAAAAUCCCAGGAUUUGACCCGGGAUCCCUCGGUUCAGAAGCCAAGUGCUUUACCCUCAGUCACAGCGCCUCCUAAAGUAUGUAAAUGUUGUAGUGAAAGUUUUUCAAUCUAAAUUAUUUCAUUGUUUAAUAGUUUUCACAUCAUCCUUAUGUGAAGGUGGGCAGAUGUGAACAAAUAUUUAGGUCACAGCUGGUAAUCUUGGAACAAAGGCAUUACAAUACAGAAUACUGUAUUUAAGUCAUAAAGGUCCAUAACCUUUGUCAGGUUUCUGUCUUCACCAACUUAUUAGGAAUCAUAAACGAAUAAGUAUCAAAGUCUUCAGAAGAUAUGAAUCAAUCAAAAAAAUAACUAACAAGUCAGUUAAUUACUGGUAAUUGGUUAUUUUGUUUGAUACCAACAAGGGAAAUUAAUCUUUCAGUUUUUUUAGGUAUGGCUAAAUCUGUAGGGUUUGGUCCCCUUAGAUAGUUGUUAACAUUAUUUCUCCCACACCCAUUCUCGGAUCAAGUUGAAACUCAAAACAAUUAUCUAUUGCACCUAACAAAACAUUGUUCAGUUAGUCAAUGAAUUAUUGGUAAUAAAUUAUUUUAUUUGAUAUUGAAUAUUGAGGAUAUAUCAGUCACUGUGGAGAUCUUCCCCUUAGAUAAGUUUUUUUUUUUUUUUUUUUUAGGAAUUUUUAAUAUUUUGCUUGUUUACUUUUUACUCUUCAAUUCUAAAUAUGAAUCUAGAAAGUGAUUCACUUGGAUCCUCUGAUGUAGACUUUGUUGAAAAAUGAAGGUUAUGUUCACUUUGUACACACAAGUGUUAUGUCUAGUAUAUAAAUGUCUAUGUUGUGACAACUUUUUAAUAAACUCUGUGGAGAAUAUUUUUAUGUACAAUUAAUUGUUAUAAUUUAAUCAAAUGUUAAUUCAUCAUUUUACUAGGGUACUAUUUUUAAUUAUUUUUUUUAAUCAUUGUUGAAUGUUAGAGAACAAUUGACCUGAUGUAGGUCUUUAGUACAUUAUGAUUUCUUGGCUUUCUCAACAGUUAGUUUAAGUGUAAGAAAAAAAAAAGGGGGGGAGGGUGCUGAAGGGGUGAAUGUCCUUGUUUCUUGAUACUUUGAUACUCUCCCAGUGGACUUUAAAAUCUAUAUCUCAGUGGAGUUUAAAAUCUAGAUUCCAGUGGACUUUACAAAACUAGAUUCCAGUGGAGUUUAAAAAUUUAAUUUCCCUUUAAUUUCUUUUUUUACUUCUUUGCAUUAAGAAAAUAAAAAAAAACUUUUAUUACAUUCAUUAUCAUAUGAAUAUCAGAAAAUAGAAAACAAUUAUGUUAUAUUCCUUCUUUCUGUUUACAAUUUGCUUGAAAAAAAAAUCUUAUGUCUUUUGAUCCAUGUUUUAGAAUAUGUUGACAAUUUUAUUAAAAACUAUCCAAUAUAA